AUGGCUCAGUAUGUACACUUCCUGCUUUACAAGCAUAAGAACCAGAUUUCACAUCCCCAGAAUACAGGUAAAAAGCUUAGAGUGUUGUUCUGUGUCUGCAGCCCUAGUGCUGAGGAGAUGAAGACCAGAGGACUCCUGAAGUUCACUCGCCAGACUAGUGUUGAGCUCAACUUACCUGAAAUCAGCUCACGGCAAAGUUUUGAAACUUCACUUACUUCCAAGAUGAGUGAGCAGGAAGAGUCUUAUUCUUACUCAGUAUUUCUUAAGUCUUCCUCAGAGCAGCAGAGUAGAGUAAAACCUGGUGGGACUCAAGGGCCUAAAGAAACUGAAGACAGAGUUUUAGUUUUUCAGCACAGUCAAGGAAAGCAUCAUGAGGAAAAUAUAAACCUCAGUCAAGAGUACCACAUCAUGCUGUAUGAACUGAAGUUAAAGGAAGAAAUGUUGAAAAAUAAGUCUAUAGAGUAUGAGAGCCUCAAAAACCUAACAGAAAGGAAAAUAUGUCAUGGGAAGAAUAAGAUCAUUUUAAAUUGUUCAAAGUCUGCAGGCAAACGCUUUGAAGGACAUUUGUUCUGUUGUGGCACAAAAUGUUAUUAUGUUAUCAUGGAAAGGAAAACAUGGAGUGGAUGUAGGCAGAUUUGCAAUGAAUGCAGUUUAUCCCUUUUGAAAAUCGAUGACAGUGAUGAACAGGACUUCCUUCGGUCCCAGGUUAAUGGAACCAUUUACUGGAUUGGAUUAUCAUAUGAUAAACAGGAGAAGAAAUGGAAAUGGAUUGGCAGUGGCUCAUCUAACCUUGAUUUGACUGCAUUGAAUUUACAAAGUCCAGGAGGAACGUGUGCAUUUUUUACUUCAACAAGAAUAGGCGAUAGUGACUGCGGUAAAACCUACCCGUGCAUCUGUGAAAAGAGAAUGGACACGUUCUCUGAUUCAGUCUGCAACAAGAAGGAAAGGUAA